AUGACCGCCGUCGCAAGCCCCCCUACCUUGUCCCAGCAUAACCGGCCGGCAUGGGGUAUGAAUGGUCACCGGGGAGUUCAGAGUAUUGAUGCCAUGAAUCCCGACGAGCUGAACCGCAUGUUCAUGCCGCGCAAGAGCCUACAACGAAACAACUCGUCCUCGUCCAUAUCUUCCACAUCCUCCAACUCCUCGAUAUCCACGGUUGUUGGCCCCGGCAACGGCCAACCGCCUCAAACUAAUGGUUCCGCCACAAAUGGCGCCCCCAUGUCCGUAGCUGGAGAUCUGGGUUCCUGGUCCAACCCCGGCGCGAAUGCAUUAAACGCGACCGCUGCAAAUGCUGCCCCGAGGAAGCGACCACAAGGAAAAGCCGCUCCCUGGCCAGCACCCAAAUCCGACGGUCAGGUCCUGUCGGAUUUCACCCGGAUGGCGGGAGGGCGACCACAGCUGAUGGGCCCCAACGGCUCCGGGCCCAUGCAGCCCUCACCAAUACUACAAUCUCAGGCCCAGAUGUCUUCCCAACACGGGAGCACACAAUCCUUGGCUGGUUCCGCCGCCCCAGGCGGACAGCCUGUACUCUACCUGCUAUCACUCAACGGCACAUUCGAGCGCAAGACGAUAUCAGUACCAUUCUCCCCUGACGCCCUUAGGAUCGGCCGUCAGACAAAUGCGAAAACGGUCCCUACCCCCAGCAAUGGCUUCUUCGAUUCCAAGGUCCUCUCCAGACAACAUGCCGAGAUAUAUGCCGACAGGCAGGGCAAGAUAUGGAUUCGUGAUGUAAAAUCUUCCAACGGUACAUUUGUUAAUGGCACGCGACUUUCACAAGAGAACCGCGACUCGGAACCUCAUGAGCUACAGACUGGUGAUCAUCUGGAACUGGGUAUCGAUAUUGUUAGCGAGGACCAGAAGACGGUCGUGCACCACAAGGUUGCAGCAAAGGUCGAGCAUUCCGGCUUUCUGAACCCAUCGAGUAAUCUCUUGGACAUGAACUUUGGCGAUCUGGAUCCCUCCAACGCUAUGAUGCAGCACAACGGCGGCUUGCCCUUUCGAGGACGUAAUGGCAGCCAGGCUUCAGCUGCUAGCAAUGGUCGAAUGAUGCCCGGUGCGGCAAUGAUGGCCGCCCAAACAAACGGAGUGCCCCAGCAACGAGCAGGUUUCUUCUUCUCCCCGAUUAGUACAGAGCAGAUCGUGAAGAAGCUUCAGACCGAGAUGCGUACAGCUCGUCUACAAACACAGGACCUUGGAAGAGCGAACCACUUCGUUCACACACUUCUGUCCAGGGAUGAUAUUAAGGAUUUAGAGAAGGCCGAUGUCUCGGAGGUUCCGAAGCACCAAAUGGUCAACGGCAACGGCGUGCCAUUCAUGCGGACCGACAACAAAGCGAGGUUUUCGGACCCUCCUGCACCUCCUCCUCAGCAACCGCUUCCCGAGAAACCAGACGUGCCAUCACUGAAGCGUGGCAUCACUGAAAGGCCCAAGACGAGUGUGUCGAGUGCCAACGUCUCUCCCAUACGACAGGAUGGCAACGUCAGCCAAAUUCUUCAGCUUACCGAAGCCCUCAACGUUGCCAAGAAGGAGCUAGAGACACAAACGUCGAGGAUGAGGGACUUGGAAGAGCAGCUGCAUAAGGAACGUGAGGCUCGGGAGCUUGCCGAAGAGCUCACAAGGAGACUGGAGGAAGCUGCUGCCGCCAAGAUGAACGGUGCUGCCGUAAAAGCCGAGGAAGGGAACGAAGAACCUACUUUGAUUCUAGACGAAGCUUUCGAGCCACCUGUGGAAAUUCCUACCUCUCCCGAGACCGAUACACCGACCAGCGACAAAUCCCAAGGAUCCUCGGACGCACCGCAAGUUGAGACUAUCGAGGCCUCUGCUGCACAGCUACACAACCAAUUAGAAUCUAUGGUGCUAGAGAUGAAAGAUCUACGACAGCAGCUUGAAGCCUACAAGGCUCGGGCCGAGACGGCUGAAACCGAGCGCGAUGCGGACCGAAAGACUUUGGCACAGUUGAUCCUACAAGCCCGCCAAGAUGCAGAGAAGAGAGAGGCUGUCGCCCGGGAACAGUCACGAUCUCAGUCAGGCGUCCGAAUCUCCGAGAAAGACGACGGGAGCGUGUCGUCCGACGAUUCAACAGCCAUGGUUCGCACACCCUCAACAGAAUCAAGUAUGGGCACAGGACAAGCAACUCCUGCUGGCCCCAACGAUGCCCCGACAUUGUCGAGAGCAAAUACGAUCACGCCAUACAAUGCUCAGGCUGGCCAAUUAGCUCACAAUACCAUACUGGAAAGUAGCAUGCCUUAUGCCUCGAUGCUCGGCGUUGUGUUGCUGGGUAUGGGGCUCAUGGCAUAUAUCAACGGCUGGCAGCCACAGCCCCCACGACUCAACCGUUAA